AAGGACAGAAAACCUCUGCGCAGAAUCAAAAGGAUCAUAUAGGGGUCGGUUACAGCAGAAUACCCCCACCUUCUAGCACAAUCAGCAUGAUUUCAUGUGGCAUGCAUUCAGGAGGCCAGAGUGCCCGAGGUCGUAAAGCCUAUGCUCGCCAGGUGAUGAUAGUGAACAAGAAUAGGCCCUUGAAACGACCGUUUGAGGAAGCAAAAUGGGAAAAUGCCCCCAUUACAUUCAGUCUAGCUGAUUACAAGUGGUUAGAGGGAGAACCCGACGUUAUGAUGCCCCACGCUGACCCUUUCGUGGCGAUAGUUCACAUUGGCAAUCACAACAAUAAGGUCUUCAUAGAUAUGGGCAGUUCUCCGAACAUCCUAUAUUGGAGUUGUUUCCAAAAGAUGCAGCUAAAGCCAACUUCCUUGAAGAAGUAUGAAGGGCCAAUUUACAGAUUCGACAAUCAACUCGUCCCUAUUGAAGGAGUAAUCACACUUCCCAUCUACGUGGGAGUUGAACCACGGUUUGGAUGGCGGAGCCAAAAAAUGGCUAGAACCUACUAUCAGGACAUAUUUAAGAAGGUCGAGCUCGCAGUAACACCCAAGACCUCUGUUUUAGAUGCUUUUAGGCCGAGUCAGCCAUGUCAACAAAUGAUGAGCAUAUCUGACAUAGAUCACCAACCUGAGAAUGUGGAGCAGAAGGUCGAGCCAGUAGAAUCGGUGGAGACUGUCCCUUUGAACCUUGAUGAGCUAGAGAAAAUGGUGAAAAUAGGAACCAAACUCACAAUGGAAGAAAGAACCGAGCUUUUGGAAUUUUUGAAGGCUAACUAGGAUGUGUUUGCACGGACAACAGAUGAAAUGCCUGGCAUUCCAAUAGAAUUUGCAGUCCACA